GUUACCAGCUUGACAUGAAUGCUUUCAACUGCUCUGAUAUCAAAGAGUGCGAUGAAAAGAAAGACAAUUGUGAACAGCUGUGUGUGAACACAAAUGGGUCAUUUAGCUGUGAAUGUCGUGAUGGAUAUAGAUUGCAUUCUGAUGGUCACACAUGUAGAGACAUUAACGAGUGUGUAGAGGAUCCCACUACAUGUAACAUUAUCGGACAAAAUUGUGCUAACUUACCUGGCACUUUUAACUGCUCCUGUCCUUUGGGCACAGAGGUUAUCAGUGGUGCCUGCAGAUUGGCUGAUGACUGUGCAUCCAACCCAUGUCUAAAUGAUGGAGAGUGUCGUGAUGGUUUAAGUAUGUUUACAUGUUUGUGUUCAUCAGGCUACACGGGGACUGUUUGUGAUAAAGAGGUGAACGAGUGUGACUCAGAUCCUUGCCAGAAUAAUGGUAUUUGUAUGGACAGAUUUGACAGGUAUGAAUGUGACUGUAUCCCUGGUUAUGAAGGACUGUCUUGUGAAAGAGCAACAAAUGAAUGUAACUCGAUGCCAUGCCACAAUGGGGCAGAGUGUCGUGACCUUCAUCUGAGUUAUAGUUGUCAAUGCGUAUUAGGAUUUACUGGAGAUUUAUGUGAAACAAAGAUUAACAGAUGUGAGUCGAGUCCAUGCCAACACGGUGGUACUUGUAUGGAUGUGCUGGCUGGGUAUACAUGCAACUGUAGUGGAGGUUACAGUGGAGCAAACUGCGAGAUAGAUAUCAAUGAGUGUUUGAUCAAUCCAUGUCUGAAUGGCGGUGUUUGUUCAGAUCUUGUCAAUGGGUUUGUUUGCACUUGUGCUGGUGAAUUCAGUGGAACUUUAUGUGAGAGAGAACCGAAUGUAACUAUUCCUUGUACCAGUAGUUACCUGCCAUCAGACUGUAGUAAUUUUGUUGAGUGUGCCGAGACUGCCUUUCCUUGCGCUCGAUCAUACUUCACAAAACUUCUCCUGCCAUUUUGUAAGCUACAGAGUAGCACUACGACUACCCAAACUUGGACUUCUGCUGCAAGUUCUUGCUUGAUUAAACAAAUUCAGCAAUAUUUGAAACUAAAUUAUACCAGCUUACCAUCACCAUCAGAAUGCACUACGUUUCAGCAAUUUGUUUUUCGUGCUCAAGAAUCAUGUUUCAAUGUGUCUCUGUGCAGCACUGUUGUUAACUCUGCUGAUGCUAACAAAGUUUCAGAAGUCUUUGACAUGUAUGACCUUCUGCGUGACAAAAGCAUUGAGCAGAUGCUGCAACUCAUUGAGUCUUGUGCUGGAGACACUGUUGAUGCACUGGCUAGUAGUUUGAAAGAUAGAGGGUUCUAUAUCUGUGUAGAAGUUGAGUUGUCAGAAGAUGUCAAUGAAACAGAUGUUACACUACGCACGCGUGCUCAGCUUCAAGAAACCAUCACUGCACUUAAAGGGGCUCCUAGUGACAUUACCAGUGUUACUACUGAUGUGUGUUCUUUAUUGUUAUCUUCAAACAGUCGAAAACGUCGUGACAUUGAUGAGAAUGCAACAGUAAAGCGAAUUAGACGCAAUGUAGACAAUGUGACGGACUCACCAUCCAUUGUAUAUCCUACAACCGUUCAAUUAGCAUUUAAGAGCAGUGGAGAAAAUGCUGCAAGUUUGACUGCUUUAUGUGACAGUUCAGCUGAAGCUAUCAAUGCAACACUAGCAUGCUCUAUGUGCGGUAAUGGUGUGUUAAAUGUGGUUGAUGAAAAUUGUGAUGAUGGAAACAGUAUGUCUGGUGAUGGCUGUUCUAGUGAGUGUAUGAGUGAGUCAGGUUUUGACUGCAACACAAAUGUGGCACCCAAUAUUUGUUACAAGAAGAAUUGUGGUGAUGGUGUUCGUGUGACUGGAGAAGAUUGCGACAAUGAAAACAGUCCUGGUUGUUCAAACUGCUUGAAAGUUCAAGGCUUUACAUGCCAUACUCCUUUCUAUGAAAUGAGUAUAUGUUUCAAUUGUGGUAAUGGAAUAGUCGAAGAGUCAGAGGAGUGUGACAAUGGCUUCAGUAUCGACAUUGAUGGUUGUAACAACACUUGCUUUGUCGAUCACUUGUGGAAAUGUACUUCUGUGAUUGGAAAAUGGAGUGUUUGUCAACAUACUUCUGUUGACUUUAAUGCUGCAGAUAACAUGACAUUGAAUCCUCCUGAAAUUCAUUUUAACACUGGAGGUGUAACGUUGUUUAUAGUAAAUGAUGCUAGGCAGUUGGAUAUCGAUGACUUCGGUGACACGGACUGGGAAAGAAUUGAACUUGUUUUGUCUGUUCCUUUAUCUGCCAGCAUCUUCUAUGAGAACGUGGACUACUCUCGCAGUCAGGCAGCAACUCAAGAAAGAAUAUCUUUUUCCGAUUAUGUGGAGUUGGAUAACGCUAUUAGAGAGGGCAGCACUGUUAACAUUAAGUUGGGAAUGAGGCAGAAAACGAUUAUACGACUGUCGAAGCCCGCUAAUCUAACGCACGUAUUGCUAUCUUUGAUGUAUAGUCAUGCAGCAUCUGAAUCAGUAUAUGGAGAGUACAGAUAUGUGAAUGUAACAAUUGUGGAUAUUUUUGGCGAAGCAGCCCCUACUGUAACUGUAACUCUCAGAUACAUUGGCAACAAUGAACACUCUCCGGUUGUCAAUAUUGCAACAAAUUUAACAGAAUUACUAGAAGGUGUGGAAGAAAUAGUUGUGACUGGUGGAACUUUAACAUUGACUGAUGUGGACAAUGAUAUCUUUCCAGUAAAGUCAGCAUUUGUAAAGAUUUUGGGAGAGACCGAGACUAUCGUGUAUCAAAGAUUGAAUGCAACUGUAAUCUUUCCAUGGAUUAACGUAACGUAUGAUGAAGUGAAAGGAGAGCUGCAUUUUGUGGGUGAUGCUUCUGAAAUAGAAUAUCAGGCUAUGUUGAACUCUGUCAUCUAUAUCAAUACGUUUGAGGAUAUUGGAGGAUUGCCGUUUGACCACAUUGUUGUGACGUUUGGUGUUUCUGAUGGAGCAAACUCACCAGGCACAGCAGUCGUGAUAAUUCACUUGAUUAAUGUGAACAAUCCUCCUGUUGUAUUAAUCAGUCAGCAGUUGUCUGCAAAUAUUUCAUUUAUUGAAGGGGGUGACCCAGCAUCUUUGCCCCACGACUCUGUACGUAUCACUGACAGUGACAACAGCCUUCUUUCUGGAGCCAUCAUUACACUUUUGAACAGCCAGGCAGGUGAUGUGAUAUCGGUUAAUACAAAUGAGACUACUAUUGCUGUCAAUGAGUUUACUGAAGCUGGUCAUCGUUAUUUGGAACUGAAUGGUAUUGCUCGUAUUGAGAUGUAUGAGGAAGUAGUGUCAUCUCUCACUUACUCUUUCACGUUACCAAGAUCCAGUGUGUUGAAACACAUGGUGAAAGUUAUUACAUUGAUCGUGUCUGAUGGAACCAACAAUAGUGAUGUAGUGGGAAUCAAUGUGGCUAUCACACCAGUGAAUGAUGGUCCUAUCAUACACUUCAGUCCUGAUGCCGAGUUUCCGUUGGAUUCAGAUCGAAAUUAUGCUGUUGGUUUUACUGAGGAGGACAAACCUGUCAAUUUGAUUCCAAACGCAACAACAAUUUUUGAUGUUGAUAGCACUUAUGCUGGAGGGGCUACCAUACAACUGCAUGGCAUUAUUGACAAAAUGGAGGAGAGAUUGAUAAUCGAUAAGCUGUUAGCUGACAUUCACAAUAUUAGCAUCAAUGUGUCAUCAUUUCAUUCGUCAUUUAACAUAACUCUUGUUGGGAUUGCCAGCUUUGAAGUUUACAGACAAAUCAUUUUGACGCUGCAGUAUGAAGACACCAAAGUUGAUGAGCCACAAGAAGGUUCAAGAAUUGUUGUGAUUGUGUUGAAAGAUGAACAGGGUGUAGCAGGAUUGCCUGCUUUUGUUACUGUUACGGUGACAAGACGCAAUGAUCCUCCAGAGUUGAGUCUUGGUGUUGGCUUUGGCGAAGAAGAUGUGAUAGAGUUCAGUGAGAUAGAGGAAGGAGAUAAUGGAGCUGGUAUUCACGUCGUGAGUUUGCCACAUCGUGUUGCCAUUAGAGAUGAGGAGGAAAACACACAGCAACAGUUUAUUCAAAAGAUGAUUAUUCAACUCAGAGCCACGGGUUGUGGAGAGCUUGAUGCAAUGGAAUAUGUGUAUUUAUUGCAGUGUCCAGAUACAGGGUUUUUGUGUCAAUUUUCUGAUGAUGGCAAAAGCAUCAGUAUGUCUGUUGAUCAACAGGUGAUGGAUGUAGUCGCUAUCCGAAAGACGUUUCAAGAAGUGUUGAGUUCUGACGUUUUCUACAUCAAUCUUAAGGAUGAGCCAACUUUAUAUUGUGUGAAUCAGACAGAACAGAACGUAGAGUUUGAUCGAUAUAUUGAUGUGACAAUCAGUGACAGUGGGUCUUCUUCUCUCAACACCACUGUCAGUAUCCGUGUAUUGAUAUCACCCAUUAACGACAAUGCACCACUUUUGUCUCUUGCUGUAUCUGAUGGCUGUGAGGUGUCUCUUGCAGAUGAAGAUUAUGCUGCCUUAGCGUAUGGUACACUAGUACAGUCAAUUAAGAAACGUGACGUACCCAAGAGAAGAAAUGCUGCUAACCGACAGGCUCCAAGUGUGCUGUAUGUUAAGGCCGUUAACAGUCCCUCAGGCAGCUUACAAUCUGGAUCAUCAUUGUCUAUUUCAUUCUCUCACCAUACCAACAUGCCUUGCGUAUUGAGACCUGCCGAUCUCCGUCGAGUUCUCAUUUUGAAUCCACCUUUUCUUUUGGAUACACCACACAUGGCGUUUUGGCGAGAUCCUCAGACACUGACCAUUUUCUUUCUUGCAAGUAAUGAUGAACCAUUGGCCAUUGCUGACAUUUUUGUUGUAUUCAAUGGUCAGAAAGAAAACUGUGAUGUAGACAGCUUGUGUGAACAUGGUGUAUGCCUUGCUGGUGGCUGGUCAUGUAGCGUCACUGGUUCCUAUGGAGUGCACCAAAAUGCACCAUUGCAUCACUCUGAUACCAACACAGUCAGGAACCACGACACAGUGCUCGUGUCAUCCACUAAGGAAGUAAAACAGUCUCAGUCAAAUGAUUGGUAUCUGCUUGUUGUCUUAACGUGCUUUAUCAUAAUUGUUCCUGUCGUUAUUGCUAUUGGAUGCCGUUAGUAAGGUCGGAGUCUGUUUUAUGUGAACAAGGGUUUUCUGUGUAUUGCACAAUUGCAUAAGGAAUUCGAAGUACGCGAGUGAUGGUAGCAUUCACACUUGCGGCCUAGAACUAUAGUACGCUUGAAACUUUGCUUUAUACUAUUGCAUGAAGUAUUUGUACUGUUUUUAGGUAAGAAAGAACAACUGCACGUUUGCUUUACAGUAAAUUCCAGCUGUUGUAAUUUUCUAGCUAUGUUUAACGUACAGUUUUUUGUGUGCCA